AUUUUCAUGCAUCGGACGGCUGAUAGCACAAUGGAUUUCUCCAAUGAAGUGUUCAGUUCCAUGUCAACAUCGGGUAAACGAGGCGGAGGCCCACUUUUCUGUGUCCGAUGUAUGCUUCCCAGCACCAAGCCAUUUCCACUGUUAAGCACUUAUCCAAAUCACAUUGUCCUGGCUGAAACAACCCAGGGAACUGGACACAUUCUAUCGGUCAUCCCUUUUGUACAAGGCUGAAAAUCAAUCUUGCUCUGCAUUAUGGUCGUUUUCUUCUAGCCUGGAGACGAGAGGAGUAUAAUUUCACGUGACAUUUAGGCCUCUAAGUUGAGAAUUGGGCAAUCACAAUCACAUCUUCGUAACCUUGCUGUGGAUUACUUGCCAUCAAUAUUGAAAAUACCCAGGAAACAAUAUUUUGAACCGUCUGCACUUUGAUAUUACUAAUUCUAGGCAAGAUAUUGGCCGUGAUAUCCAUUUUCCGCAACAAGCAUAUUCAGUCACCAUCAAUGUGUGGACUCAUACCCCCGUCAAUACUCCGUUUCUUCAAUGCUUUUCGUGGCAUGACGUCGCAUCCUUCUGUCUGCCAGCGUUGCUGGAAUAGCCUAUUUUCCAGAAACGGUUUCCAAGCUGCCUGGAAGGCUCAGUUUCAACCUCACGUGUCAGGCUUCUCCUAUAAAGUGAGCCUGGGAGAAAUCGCCAUCUCUGCCAAACAGGGCUGCAAAUGGUGCCAAUUUCUCAACGAGCAGAUUCCAGCUCAGGUUGGGACAAACGGUCCCCUUCAUGCCGAGGCAGAGUAUACAAUAGCUGUGAGAUUCCGCAUGAGGUCGGGGCAAGAACAACGUACCCUUCUGGCCCUCUCGUUGAAUGACAUCUGGAGUCAAACCUUUGAGGUACACACAGUGGAUGGCGAUAAUGCUGCGGAGUAUAUCCCCACACGCGAAAUGAUCUGGCAGGUCAACUCCCCUGCUACAUAUGCUCAUGCUGCUGAGCUUAUCAGCGAGUGCACAACUGGGGGACAUGACCAGUGUCAUCAUCGAGAGACCCUUUAUCUGCCGACUCGAGGGGGGGCGCCAGGGAAAUACACAGCUCUGAGUUACCGCUGGGGAGAGGCCCAGCCACAUCGGAUGCAAACUCACAAUCUCCAGCCAUUUUGUCAAGAGAUCCCAGUCCAUUCACUCCCUCAAACAAUCAAAGAUGCGAUCCAUUGCACUCAACAACUCGGGAUACGUUUUCUAUGGGUCGACAGCCUGUGCAUCAUCCAAGACUCUAAGGAGGAUAAAAGUCGCGAGAUCCCACAAAUCCGCAAAACCUUCCAAAACGCAUUCGUGACUAUCGUCGCGGCCAGUGCAUCCCAAGUCAGCCAAGGCUUCUUGCAAGACCGUGAACCCCCACCCAAAGCAGUUUCGCUACCUUUCCGCUGCGAUGACAGCCGCAUCGGCAGUAUGUGGAUCAGGGAGGGCACGAUUGAUCCCCGCGAGCCAAUAGAUACCAGAGCGUGGUGUUACGAGGAGAAGCUUCUUACCCAGCGUGCUUUGAUCUUCACAACUCGAACCGUGCGGUUUCAAUGUCAAUCGCACUACCUUAACAUCGGAAACUCCAACAUUGCAGCAUGGAAUGCAGACACUCGCCUACCGAGCACAAUUAUGGAGCCAGAAGAAGGGGACUGGGCUCCGCUAACGUACGAAGAGAGUUCCGCUCUUGCGAUUGAAAAUACAUGGGCCUCGGUACUCGCAGAAUACACGGCGCGCGAUAUCACACAAUUUCGCGAUCGUCUCAUCGCAUUCUACGGCAUCGCAGAAACUUUUCAUCGCACUUGGACUCAUAGCCAGUACCUCGCUGGAUUAUGGAAACAUAAUCUCCUAGAAGACCUCCUCUGGGAAGCUGAUCCGCCGCUACAUCCCCGACCCGAGAACUACCGCGCCCCGUCUUGGUCCUGGGGUGCAGUAAAUGGCAAGGUGCUGCGUGCGAAUACUAUGCACUUCUGGAGAGAAGAUGUGCCGCAAUGUGAGAUUGUCGAUUGUCAAAUUACCUUGGCAAAUGAGAAGAUGCCGUACGGUGAGGUUACAGACGGACGGUUGCAACUGAACGCCUCGAUGAAGAGUAUUAUUUGGCACCCCUCACAGGGGAAGUUCUAUGCUACCAGCCAGAAGGAUUCAGACAAGUCGGAGGAAUUACAUCCGGGCACAUUACUGGGUAAAUGCUAUCCAGAUAGUUUGCAAGAAAUUGAGUCGGAAGAAAUGCAGCAGGCUUAUGCUAUUCCGCUGCGGUCUUCCCGGAAGACAUACCAUGUCAUUCAAGGCUUAAUAGUUGUGCCAUGUCAGGAGGAUCAUGAAACCCAGUGCUUCCGCCGGGUGGGCAGGUUCGAUGUCCCGUUGUUGAAGCUCUGGGGUGACUUUGAUCCUGAUGCAUUGUUUGGAUCUACCCGGCAGCGUGUUGUUAUCAUCUGA